CUCACUUCCACCACAGCAUCUGCUGGAUAUAAUCACUCCGCUUUCGAUUCUACCACGAACACUUGUGUUGGUGCCUUACUAUACUUUUAAAUUCUCCCCCCUCUCAAGCAACCAACAGAGACUUCCCUUCUAACCCUCGCUCACCCUCCCAACUGUCCAACGUCCUCGUCGUCUACGCUCGACCGGUACUCCUCCAACCUUCUCAUACUUCCAACUCGGCCAAGGUCACUUCGACACACACACACAAAUACCACACAUAUAUAUACACACUCGCCUCUCAAGAAGACUCCAGUAUCAAGCGAAUGACCCAAUAGAAAAGGGAGCCUCUUGGCCAGAUACGAACCGUCCACUUCACCACCAACAACAUCCCCCUCAAGAUGUCUUUCGACUGGGACCACUCCUACUGCCUCAACUGCGACAAGCAGACUGAUGGCACAACCUACUGUUCCGAGUCCUGCAGGCUAGCGGAAUACGAGCAGUCUGCUGCUCCCAGCACCGGCCCAAGCUCGCCUGCCUUCAGCGGCCCCAAUUAUCCUUGGACCACUGCGAGGGCGUCGCCAUCCGCCAGCAGGUUCUACCUGUCACCAGCAUACGACUUCAGCCAGUCGACCUCCCACCCGUCCUCGCAGCGCCGCGGCUCUCUCGCUCCAGCACAGCGACUCCUGUCGCCCUCGAGCUCGCAGGCCAGCCUGUGCUCCAUGAGGAGCAGCUCGUCAGCCAGCAGCGACGCUGCCAUGCAGCUGUCGGACGCCGCCAGAAGGGAGCUGCACGCCUACGCGAGCUCCUUCGAGAACGCCCGGGCAUCACGCAGGCAGUCUCACUGAAUGGUUACGACGAUGACUCCUUUUCUCAGUUUCCAAAGUGGAUUCGCUUUUUUUGCUUUUGCCAGUAGUGCCAAGCUGCUGGCACAACCUCGUUUCCUUGAUACCCUUCCCCCCUACCUCACCUGAAUACACACUUCUUCGGCGCUUGAGAUACCACAUCGGGACCGCACAUCGCAUGAUAUUACCGCUUUCGUCAUAUCUUUUCUCUUCGGGCCACCAAGCCUUUCUCCUUCACCUUUAUCACUUCGGAUCAUCGGCGGGUACUACUAGUCAUUUCUGUUGUACCAUACACAACACACACAAAAAAAGCAUCAGUCGGAGCAAAGCAUCAUUAAAAAGUUUGGGACCUUACACACGGAUCAGGGACAGGACAUUUGAUUUUAGGGCCUCGGGAGACAGGAGAACUUUGGGCGUCAACAAAGGACUUGAGAACAACUUGACUCAUCAGGACGGGUUUUCUUUUUCUCUGUCUGGUUCCAAGGGUGGUGUCCCACACAUGGACAUUUGAAUUUUUUGGGUUUGGAACAUGGGCGAACAGCGCGGCAGUGCCCAUGAUCGAUCGUGAUCCAAGAUGGGAUUUCGUCACGACGGUGUCUAUGACUGAUGCCUGGGUAUCCACAGCAUAGUGGAUAGGCUACACCUGGGUGGGGUGGUUUGAUGUGGUUCAUCAUGAAGCACUAUUAUUUCACAGGGCUGAGGGAAGAGCCGAGAUCGGGAGGGAUACUGGGCUGGAAGAGCCUCUCAUGAAGACCGAAGGACACUGUCAGACAGACAUGGACCUUACACAUACAAACAAUGUGGAUAGCAUAUUCACACGCGUCCUCGUUGUCUCGAGGAGAAAGAGGAAGAAGAAAAAAGCGAGAACAGUUUCACACCUCUCC